GCGCCCCUGGUAACGCUUGUGUUGUCCACUUGUACCCACAAUGCAUUGCGCACGGCCAAAACAAUUUGCUGUCGAACCUCUGUCGUGCUCCGUCAGGAUUGAGGUGAUGAUGUAUUAAAAGUCUUAAUCAGCCCGUGUGGGAGAAGAAAACGGCGACGAAAGAAUAUCGUGGUUUGUUAGAAUAGGGACGCUAAUCUGUCCCUCCAUCUCUCGCCGGAGUUUGUAAACAGUGUAUCUGGACCUUUAUGUCAACAUGGACAAAGAGCAACGAAACAUCGUUGUUGUUAACGCAUCCAAACGAGAGCUCUUCACCGCCGGCUCUGGAUACAAGUCUAUGCAGAAGAAACUAAGAGCACAGUGGAAGAUACAAAGCAUCAAAGAGGAGCUCACUUUGGAAAAACUCCAAGGAGUCAAGUUAUGGAUCACCGCAGGCCCUCGAGAAAAGUUCACUGCUGCUGAGUUGGAGGUCCUCAAGCAGUAUCUGGACGGCGGCGGAGGUCUUCUCGUGAUGCUCGGAGAAGGAGGAGAAAUGAAGUACGACACGAAUAUCAACUUCCUUCUGGAAGAGUUUGGCAUUAUGGUCAACAAUGAUGCAGUUAUAAGGAACGUCUACUACAAAUAUUUCCAUCCCAAAGAAGCGCUCGUGUCCAAUGGAGUUCUGAACAGAGAGAUCAGCCGAGCUGCUGGUAAAGUGGUGACGGGGGUGAUUGAUGAGGAAAACACGGGGAACAAUUCGCAGGCACUUACGUUCAUAUACCCUUACGGGGCCACACUAAACGUGAUGAAGCCUGCGGUGGCCGUCCUGUCCACCGGAUCCGUGUGCUUCCCGCUCAACAGACCCGUCCUGGCCUUCCACCAGUCUAAGAAUGCCGGCAAGUUGGCCGUCCUGGGCUCCUGUCACAUGUUCAGCGACCAGUACCUGGACAAGGAGGAGAAUAGUAAAAUAAUGGAUGUUGUUUUCCAGUGGCUUACCACAGACGGCAUUCCUCUCAACCAGAUAGACGCCGAGGACCCAGAGAUCACAGACUACACCAUGCUGCCCGACACAGGGAGUCUGUCCGACCGUCUGAGAGUGUGUCUGCAGGAGGGAGACGAGAACCCGCGAGACUUCACAUCUCUCUUUGACAUGUCUCUGCUAAAGCUGCACACAAACACUCUCCCCUCUGUCCUGGAUGCUUACAAGCAGCUGAACGUCAAACACGAACCUCUCCAGCUGAUCACACCACAGUUUGAAACACCUCUGCCUCCGCUGCAGCCUGCCGUCUUUCAGCCGGCCUUCAGGGACCUUCCACCACCCAUGCUUGACCUUUAUGACCUCGAUGAGACCUUUUCAUCUGAGAAAGUGAGGCUGGCUCAGCUCUCAAAUAAAUGUACUGAUGACGAUCUGGAGUUCUAUGUACGUAAAUGUGGAGAUAUCUUAGGAGUGACGGGGAAGCUGGACAAGGGCAAAAGAGAAGCCAAGCACAUACUGGAACACGUCUUCUUCCAGGUGGUGGAGUUCAAGAAAAUCAAUCAAGAGCACGAUAUUGACACGACAGAAGCAAGGUUCAUGUAUUGAAGCGGACGUGGAGCGCCGGAGUCGUGCAGCGAGGACUUGUUUUUGAGAUCUGUGUGAACAUGCACAGUAUAGACUCUCAAACCACGUGUUCUUCACUUCCAGUUCACUACGAGCUUUCUCAGGCAUGUGGUUUAAAGAAUUAAUUACAUUUCUUGUAGCAAUGAGUUUUCUUUCCUUUUUCAAAUAAAUAAAUGAGCUGA